AUGUGGGACAUUGCAUUGCAGGAAGACGACGACUUUCUGGCAUCGGUACCGGGCACCGGCGAUCAACAAGUUUUGGCCCAAGAACAGACCAAAUCUUCAGCCGCGGCACCGGAGGUGGCGCCGCUGGAAGACGAUAGUGAGGUGACAUUCGAUGCCAACAAAGUUACUCUUCAGGUUCCGGACAGGCUUUUCGGUCCCAGUUUCACGGCUGUCAAUGGCAUAUCACAAGCCAUCGGCAACGUCAUACAGGUACAGUAA